AUGACAGCUGGAUGGCCUCCGGCGGCAGUCGACAAGAGCCUGGAAGACCUCAAGGAACAGUCAGCAAAAGUCCGAGCCGCGUAUGCCCUGGCUGCGCGCGGCAACGACGACGAUCUCGUCGAGCUUUUCCGAGCUCUCAACAGCCACGAUCCCCCCACUCGCAUGGCGGCCGCGGGCGGUUUGGCGGCGGCAUUAGGCUCCGACUGUACUGGAUGCCGGGAGUUGGAGGAGUCCCUGAUCCAGAGCUUCGGAAAGACGCCUCUACCUUGGAUCAGCACGGACUACAUCCGCUCGCACACUGGCUUCUACUUGGCUGGCGUUUUGGCAGAUAUGGGGACAGAGACAGCGGCGCCAGUGCUCAUGUCCUAUGUUGGUCGUGCUGCCGACGGCUUUGAUCACACCAUCGGCGGCUAUGGCGUCGGGCCCGGAAAGAUGGUGCUCCUGCAGAUGAUGGAGUAUCAGAAGCAGGACAUCGACGAGCGCUGGUUUGCCGAUGAGCGCUACGUCCAGGGUGGCUUCUUCGGCACGCGCCUCCUCGGUGCACCGGCCACGCACGUGCAGGCUGCCAAGGCUUUGGGUUUCUUGGCACCCGCGAGCCUGGGCCACGAGCUGAUUGAGCAGAGCCUGCGGAUCUGCAUCAAGGCCGUGGUGGACAUGGAGAUGGAGCUGAGAGGGCAGGUCAAGGAGGUGGAUCAAGAGGAUGGGGCCUUCUGCGCUGGCGCCCUGCUUGGCUGGCUUCGCUUCACGUACCGUUUCCCCGCCUCGCCGCCGCCGGCCCAAGCAGUGGUGGCACUGACGUCAGUCUUGGCUGCAGCACGGAAGAUGAUGGUCCAGCUCGAUCGCCGCAUUGCGAAACUGUGGCCCAUCAUCCAAAAGUCUGAAGAGCUGCUCCGACGCUACGGCGAGGAGGUGGAGGAGACCAGGCUGAUCCAGCUGGACUGCCGCGGCUGCUUCCUGAGAUCUGAUCUCUCGGUCGAUGUGGUGCCGUGGGUGCAGCUGCAUCGUUCUGGGAUCCCAGCCGCCGGCCUGGGCUUGGCCGGCUUCGAGCGCAACGACCGCGCGACCGCGCUCGCCUGCGAGGCGUUCCUGCAGGUGCGUGGCCGCCUCUUCGACACUGCCUUCAGCUACCAGCAGCAGAGAGGCAUUCAUGCUGCGGUCAUCGCAAAAGCUCUGCCCCGGUCUGCGGUGACGAUCAUCAGCAAAGUUCCACUGGGGGAGGCCGAGGAGGUGGCGCAGGCGAUCUCCAAAACUGCGGAGGAGCUUGGCGGACUACAGGGCAUUGAGUCGCUUGGAAACGACUUAAUGUUUGACCUUCUUUUGAUCGCAGCUCGCCCUCUGGGCAGGAGUGAGCAGCAAGCGAUCGCAAGCGAACCAGUGCAGACCCUCCAGCCGAAAGGCCACUUGGAAGGAGUGCCGGCUGCUGGCUUGGCAGCUCCCUGCUUCGAUUACAAGAUGCCCAUGUUGGAUGGGCGAAGUUAA